AGUUGCGUGCAUUCCUUUCCGUAGAGGUCGCUGUUGUCGACGCGCAUGCCCAACAGCGUACUUCCUAAUAUCUCGAGAUGUCUGCCACUCUCAGACCGUAUCUUAGUGCUGUAAGGCAAACCCUAACAGCUGCUCUGUGCCUUGAAAACUUCUCUUCACAAGUUGUUGAAAGGCAUAAUAAACCAGAGGUAGAAGUAAAGAGCAGCAAGGAACUGCUACUUACACCAGUAGUAAUCAGUAGAAAUGAGAAGGAAAAAGUGCUUAUAGAAGGUUCAGUCAACUCACUCAGGAUUAGCAUAGCAGUAAAACAGGCUGAUGAAAUUGAAAAAAUUCUGUGCCACAAAUUCAUGAGAUUUAUGAUGAUGAGGGCAGAAAAUUUUGUUAUUCUCAGAAGAAAACCAGUAGCGGGAUAUGACAUUAGUUUUCUGGUGACCAACUUCCACACGGAACAAAUGUACAAACACAAGAUAGUUGAUUUCAUCAUUCAGUUCAUGGAGGAAAUUGACAAGGAAAUUAGCGAAAUGAAACUGGCAGUCAAUUCUAGGGCACGUAUCUCAGCAGAGGAAUUUCUCAAGAGGUUUUAGCAUGACAUAAGUAUGAACAGCAAAUUUUCACUGCACUGAAGAUGGAAGUUAUAGUUUUCCAAAGGACACGAGGAAAAUGUUCACAGACUUAAGACAGUGAGCAGACCAUUCUCUCCCGUGUUUUGUUAUGAACUAUUUCUUAGAUAAAGGUGGAAUUGUAAUUAAAUCCCACACUGGAGCUUAUUUAAGGCUCAUCACACGGCCGUCUUCAGGUGAACUGGGACUCUCACCAAUGUCAAAUGAUGACAAUCUGCACUUCAGAUUUAAUUACAGUUUUGUCUUUGUCUUGAAACAACUGGAAUAGACCCAAUGCUGACAGUAGCAGCUCUGUUAAAUGCUAGUAGAAGAGCUGCUGAAGUGGCCUAGGUGCAGUGGCCAAGCACUAUAAAUACAAUUUAUAACCUAUAAAUAAGUUUUAGGAAGUUGACAAAUUAUUGUCACAAUUGUUAAUUAGCCUAAGAAAUGGCAAUUUUUAGGUAUAUAAAAUUGUUGGAGCUGUUUAUAUUCCUUUACCAUUCCAUUCUGAAUCUGGAAAAAAUAUAGUAGCAUUAUUAUAAUCUCUGCUUUGUAAAUGACCUAUCAUUUAGUUGAAUGCCUUGUUAUUAUUAAAAUAAAUCUACUUGUUUAAUUUUAAUUGCUAUUAGAACAUCAUUUAUCAGAAAAAAAAUCAACAAAAUUAUUUAGGAGUGUAAUAUAAAUAUUGGACAAAAGCAAAUUUAAUUCAACACAAAACAGAUUUGCAGAAAAGUAACAUUUUGAUGCCAUGUUCAGAAAACUGAUUAACUUUCAUGUCUUUUGCAGAAAUUAGACCAUGUUGGGGGG